UCGCGUGAAAUAAACUUGUUGCUUGCUUUUGUUGAAUGUUUACCAUCGAAAAAUUGUAUAAAUCGCCAUGGCUACCAUGGAAGCGGCCUACGAGGAUGUCUACGACUUUUUCAUAAAAGAAGAGAAGGACGUCGAGAAGUUGGUUGCCGAUAAAAAUGGGUGCAAUACAGAAAUAAGGAAUAUUGACUUCUCCGUGCCCACUCCAAAGUGCGGUGAAGUACUUGUUGCAUGCACGGGAAAUUUCACUUUCGUGUGCAGUCUAUGCUCGAAAUGCUUCCCAGAACUGGAGAAGUUUGGCGUUCAUAUUCGUGAGGAACAUAUGAAACUCAAGACAGAAGAUGAGAAGCUGGAGUUGGCGGAGGAUCGGCAGGACCCGCUGUACACAUUUGUGACUGAUGCGAAACGUGUGUCGCAAGCAUCUGAGGACAGUGAUGACAACGCCGGAGACAACACAAACGAUCCCUCGGUGAAGGAGGAAUCUGAGGACGAAAUCCAGUUAUCUGCCUUAAAACAAAGCUUGAAACAGGAACUACCUUCCAAAACGGAAACUCCCGAAAGUGCCUCGCCAAGCGAAGACGGAAAAAAGCAUGUCUGUGAUAUCUGCGGCCGUGGUUACAUGCACAGGAGAUCGUACCAAGCGCACAUCAAAAAAGCCCACGUUCCAGGCAUGAAACCACUCAAGCCGCUCAAACUCCUAGCGGAUAUUCCUGCCCUGAAUUUCCCUAUUGACGAAACUACUUGCAAAUAUUGCGAUAAACAAUUCGAGGACACCGAGACACUCCAAGCGCACCUGAGUACUCAUACAGGACGGAAGCGUUUUGUGUGCCGAUACUGCCACAAGACAUUUUCAUGCCGGACAACUCGCCUGCAGCACCUGUCCACGCAUACAGGUGAACGCCACUACAAGUGUCCUCAUUGUCCGAAGACCUUCUCGGGCAAAUCGAAUCUCACAAGCCACAUUCGAGCGCAUCUAAAAAUCAAAAACUAUUCCUGUGACUAUUGUGAUAAACGUUUUGUCCAGAGCAGCGAAAAAAAAGUCCAUGAGCUCACCCAUACCGGGGAGAAGCCACAUCAAUGCGAGGAAUGCGGUCAACGGUAUCCUACUUCGAAUAAACUGAAUGAGCACUUGAGGCGGCAUAAAAAUAUCAAGAAUUACAAAUGUGAGAUUUGUGGCAAGGCUUUCUACGGUUUGAAUUUGCUGAAGAAUCACAUGCCCACGCAUACGGGCGAGAAGCCCUUCACUUGCAAUAUUUGUGGACAGAGCUUCCCUAGGAAGAAGUCCUUGAAAACUCAUAAACAACUUCACUCGGGGGAGAAGAAGUAUGUAUGCAAUAAAUGCGGAAAGGCUUUUGCACAAUUUGCUGGCCUCUAUUCGCAUAUGAAGUCUCAUGGAGAGAAGCCCAGAUGAUAUUCAUUGUUUAAGAUAAAAGUUGUGUUGUAACGACACAUUACUCCGAAUCUAUUUUUAAUAAAUAUUUUUUACUAUAUUGA